AUGCCAAUCAAGCCUAUGAAAACCAAGAGCUUUACACCUAGUUUGAUUAACGAGCCACGUUCAUUGACUCUUCCUCCACUACCGCCAAAACCCCUAAUGCAAAUUUCCUUGAAAUGUCCUUUUCGGCCUAUAGCUUUGAGAGAAAAGGAUGCAAAAUCGUCCGAAGUAAGAGAGUUUUGGAACAAUAGUUCUACUGUCACGGAAGCUUUAAGAAAGGCAUCGACCGAUUUUAGCGAAGCACUUGCUAACACUAUACGAGAGAUUAUACGACCUGAGAUAGCCACAGAUGCCGACAAUAAUCCGUUAUUUAUAUCUGAGCAUGGAAAGGAUUCGAAGAAUGCAACUAAUCAGGACGAGAAAGUGGAAGAUGAGCUUAUUGAAUACGCAAAAAGAGGUGAAAAAUAUUUCGAAGACCAAGAAUCAGAGAAGAUCGAGAACCAAUAG